CCUUUGCUGCUCAACAUGGGCCCCCGUUUAGACAAAGGAAGGCCUCCUCCUUUGCUUUCUCUGGGCCCAAAACCCAAAGCGAAGCACGCCACCAGUCAGUCAGUCAGCCAGUCGACCACGCCGUCGCCGUCCGUCGAGACCAAACCAUCGACGGCGAUGUUUGCGAAGCGCCUCUUCCACAAGGCUCUCCAUCAUCAGGGAGGGGGAGGGGGAGGAGGAGGACCUGCUGGGGACGUAGCCGAAAUGGAUGCGCAGAUCGCGCUUCACUACGGGGUGCCCUACACCGCCUCAGUCCUCGCGUUUGAUCCUGUCCAGCGCCUCCUCGCCAUCGGAACGCUAGAUGGUAGGAUAAAAAUAUUUGGAGGCGAUAACAUCGAAGGCCUCCUCAUAUCACCGAAGAGUGUCCCAUACAAGUUUGUGCAGUUUAUACAAAAUCAGGGGCUUCUGGUUGCCAUCUCUAACGAUAAUGAAAUCCAGGUAUGGAAUCUUGAGUUCAGGCAACUAUUUUAUUCUUCCCAGUGGGACGUCAACAUUACUGCUUUUGCAGUCAUAGAUGGGACCUUUCUGAUGUACCUUGGAGAUGAGAAUGGUCUUCUUUCUGUAUUGAAGUAUGAUGUAGAUGAUGGGAAGCUUCAAAGGAUGCCAUACAAUGUUCCUAUACAGUCCUUGGCCGAAGCGGCUGGUGUUUCCUUACAGGAUCCUCAACCUAUUGUUGGAAUACUGCCCCUACCUGACACUUUUGGGACAAGGGUGCUAAUUGCAUAUGAGAAAGGGUUGUUAGUUAUUUGGGAUGUAUCGGAGGACCAUGCAAUUUCUAUUAGAGGCUAUGGGGAUUUACACAUGAAGGGUCAAGUAACUGGUGCUCAGAGGGAUGCUGGUGAAGAUCAAUUGGACAAUACUAUUGAUGAAAGUGAAGAAGAGAGGGAAAUUUGUUCUCUUUGUUGGGCAUCAAAAGGGGGCUCAACCGUUGCUGUUGGCUAUAUAACAGGAGACAUACUUCUAUGGGAUAUGACUACAAGAUCCUCUAGGCAAGACAAGCAAAGUGACGCUUCAUCUAAUGUUGUUAAGCUGCAGCUGGCUUCAGGAAGCCGUAGGCUUCCUGUUAUUGUCUUGCAUUGGUCUGCUGGGUCAGCACUGGAUACUAAGAAAGGAGGGCAUCUUUUUGUAUAUGGUGGUGAUGAUAUGGGAUCUGAAGAAGUUCUCACGGUUCUUAGCUUGGAAUCGACUGCUGGAUUAGAAUCACUAAGUUGCAUGUCGCGGAUGGACCUCAAGCUUGAUGGAUCCUUUGCUGAUAUGAUUCUUAUUCCAGAUACUGGGGUUCCCGAUAAAAGCCGAACUUCGGCACUUUUCAUUUUAACAAAUCCUGGACAAUUGAAUUUUUAUGAUGGUGGUUCUCUAUUUUCUGUGCAAAACACAAAAGAGGGAAAUGCUCUGCCUGAAGCACAGAAAUUUCCAGUUGCAGUUCCUACGAUUGAUCCCAACAUAACAGUCACAAAUCUUUGUUCACUAUCCGGAAGGGAAUUUCCAAAUAUUUCACUAAAGAAAUUUUGUGCUAGGCAAAGUGCCACACCUUUCAUAUCAGGGAACAUGAAAUGGCCUUUGACUGGCGGGGUUCCUAGUGAGAUGUCACUGAAUGAAGAUCAUGCUGUUGAAAGAAUAUACAUUGCAGGCUACCAAGAUGGUUCUGUGAGAAUAUGGGAUGCAACAUUUCCAGUUCUGAUGCCAAUGUUUGUUUUGGAUGGAAAGGUGGCUGGUGUUAAUUUGGAUGGAGCAAAUGCUUCUGUAUCAUCUCUGGCUUUUUGUUCAUCAAACAUGAUAUUGGCUGUUGGGGCAACAAGUGGUCUGGUCCGCAUCUAUAAACUUCGUGAGCACACUGGAGAUUCAAGCUUUCACUUUGUGAGUGAAUCUAAGCAAGAAGCUCAUGUUGUUCAUCAUGCGAGAGGGUUUCAUUGUCAUGUUGCCUUUAUGGCAUCAAAUUCCCCAGUGCGAUCUCUCCUAUUUACAGCUUCGGGAGAGGUCCUUGCGGCAGGCUAUCAGAACGGUCAGGUGGCAAUGUUUGAUCCGAGUCAGCUAUCAAUUAUAUUCGCUGUGGAUUGUGCAUCAGGAACAAACUCUCCUGUUGUUUCCUUGAGCAUUAACAGUAUAGCUGCAUCUGCUACAAAAGAAGAUCAGUCAAAGAAAGAAAGUAAAAAAAGUGCAAAAUUACCCAGAGAUGUUCUUCUUUCAUUGACAAAGGAUGCUCGCGUUACUGUACUUGACACCACAACUGGUGUGAUGAUAAAUUCACAUCUCUUAGAUCAGAAGCAAUCAUCUGCUGUUUCCAUGUAUGUCAUAGAUGGAGCUUCAGACGAGAACCAAACUCGAUUAUCAGAAGAAAAAUCCCCAAGUCAAGGUCAGACAGGAAAAGGCAAUUAUGUUGACAGAAAACAAGCACAAGGAGUUGAAAAGCACCCAAAAAAUGCUCCCCAGCUUUCAAACAAUGGUGGUUUAGAUUCACUUCUUUUGGUCUGCUGUGAGGACGUGCUGCUUUUGUUUUCGAUGGUACUGUUAAUUCAGGGAAGCAGCAAGCAUCUACAUAAGACGAAACUUGCAAAACCUUGUCGGUGGUCAUCAGUUUUCAAGAACAUGGAUGACAAAAUUUGUGGGUUGAUAUUAGCUUAUGAGACAGGCACGAUAGAAUUGAGAUCUGUGCCAGACCUGGCUGUUGUUGCUGAUAGCUCCUUGAUGUCAUUAUUAAGAUGGAGUUACAAGACAGGCAUGGAAAAAUCCACAAGCUCUUCAAAUGGACAAAUUGCUCUGGUAAAUGGAUCUGAAUUUGCGAUCAUCUCUCUCGUAGCCUCAGAGAAUGACUUCAGGAUUCCAGAAUCUCUGCCGUCCCUUCAUGACAAAGUACUUGCAGCAGCUGCUGAUGCAGCUAUUACUUUCUCAACUGACCAGAGAAGAAAGCAGAAUCCAGCAGGAAUUUUUGGUGGCAUCAUUAAAGGAAUGAAAGACAAGGCUGAAGGAAACACGAAAAUUAAAGGAAGUUUCACUGAGCAAAUCCCCAGCGAACAUUUGGAGUCAAUUUUCUUGAAAGAAUCGUUUGUUGAACCAUCAAUACCCAAUCCUGAUGAUCCAAUAGAAGAACUGUCGAUUGAUGACAUAGUGAUUGAUGAUGAAGUAUCACUAGCCCCGGCACCAGCAUCAUCCUCUACAUCACACGUGAAUAAGAAAACAACAGUAGAGGAGGAGAGAGCGAAACUAUUUGAAGGGUCAAGCGAUGUUGAUAAACCAAGAAUGAGAACUCCACAGGAAAUUCUAACCAAAUAUAAGUUUGGCGGGGAUGCGGCGGCAGCAGCUGCUCAUGCGAAAGAUAAGCUCAUGCAACGGCAGGAGAAACUAGAGAGAAUAAGCCAACAAACCGCAGAGCUUCAGAAUGGAGCAGAAAACUUUGCUUCGCUCGCCCAGGAGCUUGCGAAAAAAAUGGAGAACAAGAAGUGGUGGAAGCUAUAACAAUGUGGUUUGUAUAGGCUGCAUUCGACACAAAGUAGGAGCAGUUGAGAUGUUCCGGUUUCUGGUUGUUAUUUAUUUCUGGACAUUCUGUUGCAUACCAUCAGGUGCUAUGUACAUUAGUUUCACUUGCCAGCUGUGGAGGUGGUUGUCUACCUUGCCAUUAGGUAGACAGCACUGCUGUUAUUGGUUUAGCUUAGGUUGUGCUGUAUACUACCAUCACCAUGUAAUCUUGUGUAUUAAGGGUGAUAGCAAAGACUACCAUCCGAUGGCUGAUGGAUGAGAGCUAGUGUAGGUGAUUUUCUUUUUUCUUUUGUUUUUCGUUUUUACAAUGUAAAGAUAAGAGAGAGAAUAAACGAAACUGCUUGUGCUUUUCACA